AUGCAGCGGAAAUACAAAAUCGGCAUGAAUCAAAGCAGAAAGGCCACUCCUAUUGUGCAGAAUGUUGAGGAAUCUUCAUCGCAACCAAAGAAGAAGCAAAAGAAAGCUACUAAAACAUCUUUAGUUGAUGAGCCGGAAGAAGAUAAUCCAGUGAUCAUUGCAGAAAAGGAACCAGUAGUAACUGCUGAAGAUGAUCCUUUUAAUGUUGAUGAUUUGUUUGAUAUUGAUGUCUUGGAGACAGGGCCAAUAGUGGUUGCUGAUGUUGAUAAAGUUGUGAAUGUUGAAGUUCAGAAAGGGAAAGAAAAGGUUAUUGAUGAUGUUGAGGGAGAUGAUGUGAACAAAGAUACUACAAGCUCUUCUAGUUCUUCAGAUGAGGAAGUUGAUGAGACUGAACGUUUACGAAGAAUUAAGGAGGAAACAGAAAAAGAAAAGUCGUUAAGAAAGAGAAAGAGACAGGAAAAGGAUGAUGAUGAAGUUUAUGUUCCUUCUCCAGAACACGUCUCAGAAUCACAAUCUCCUCAAGGCAGUAAAAAGAAAGCCGGAGCUAGAAAGAAAGUGGUUUCUCCAAAGAUACGCAAAGUCACUCCAAAGAUCAAAAUAUCAAAGACUGUUUUGAAGAAAAAGUCUUCCAAAGAGUCCAAGAAACCACCUACACCACCACAUGAACCAGCACCACCAUAA